UCGUAAAGAGCCCGCUGUUGCUGGACCACCUCAAUCACAAACGGUUCCACUGAAUCAACAGCACCAUAGUAGCAGCAACACUUCCAGUACCAAUAGCAGUAACAAUAAUAGUAGCAACAAUAGCAACAACAACAACAACACCACCAACAGCAGUAGCAAUAAUGUUGGCAGUAAUAAUGGCAGCAGCAGCGGUGGUGGUGCCUCCACGAACGCUAACACGACGUCCGGCCUCGGUAUGGACGCGAUGGGAUCGUUUCAGACACCGUUUGGCAACAACCUGGGCAACCUUUUGCAACAACAUCAAACCCAGCAACAGCAGCAACAACAGCACCUUCUGCAGCAGCAGCAACAACACCACAACCAACAACACCACCUGCAGCAGCAGCAGCAGCAAAACCACCACCAGCAAACCUCGAUGAUGAACAAUUCAGCAUUAAUGCAACAUCAGCAGCAGCAGCAUCUUCACCACCAUCAGCAGCAGCAGCAGCACCACCAGCAUCAACUCCAGCAACAGCAGCUUCAACAGCAGCAACAUCAACACCAGCAGCAAACGCUCGGUUCCAGCGGUGGACAUCAUCACAGCCUAUCGGCAGCCCAGAGCGCGGCCAUGAUGUCGCAGCGCAACCCGUUCGGAUUUGAUUUCAACCACUUUCAAAGCAACUACUAAAGCAGACGGAACUCAGCAGCAGCGCAUCAUAUAUUGGUUCGUACUGGGGAAGCGCAAGAGCGUAGAGCUUUCCGAAAGCGGCUCGCGCGACAUAUUCCCGUGCGUGUGUCCUUCACAUCUGUGUCCAGAUGUGUCACACGCAGGACUCUCUGCCUCGUCCUAAAGAGAGAAAAAACGUGCACACCGGAAUUGGAAUCGUUUGUAUUUGCUGCGGGGGCAGCUAGCGGGUCAACCGUGGAGAAGAACGCCAGAAGAACACCAUGUAAACAAUAUGAAGCUUAAUUGAUGAUGGUGCAUUAAUUGCUGUCCGAUCGCGUGGUUUUUCUUUUUGUUCGGAAAGCAUUUUUGUUAUACUGGCGCUGGUUGGUGGUGCGAGUCGUAAAAGUUACCACUUAAAAGUGCGUAAAUGAUCACACGACGGCUGAGGCUGUGUUGCUGAUGUGCACUUUGUUCGUACACACGCACAUGAUGUGUGUAAUAAUAACCAAACGAAACGACAACAAACAAAGUAUACCAACAAACAAACAAUCAGUAGUAGUCAAAAGUGGAAAGGAAAAAAAAUCAAAAUUAGCAAAAAAUGUAACAAAAAAAAACAAAAACCGAACAUAUUAAACCGUUUUACACUGUGACACACUUCGCGACAGCAAGACGGAUAGAACUCACGCAUGGAACAGUCCCCCAGAAACCUAUUCUAUUUGUGUAUUAUAUGUACAUACGUCGUGGUGUAUAGCGUGGUAAAUAGCAAAUGCUACCACGAACUCGCUCAUUACGCAAGUGUACUAUCGAAUCGGUCGAUAAGAGAGACAGAAACGCAGCGGAAGGAACCUAUAAAGAAGAAACCUAAAUUAAACGCCGAGUGCGAACCUCGCGCAUUCGAAUAGCACCAUUACCAUACUGUAAUUAUUGAUGCAAAAACGUAACGUAAAAUCGAAAGUAACUAAAUGUGGGGGCGUUUUGAACAGUGCCGCUCCUCACCACCAGUAAACAAAUACAAAACUAUGUUAGAUGAAAGUUUUAGGUCAAAUUUACAUGUGAAACACACCCACAUUCGGAACUCGGAAGUGCGAGAAACACCAGUAGUGUGAUGGUGGUGAUGGUGUGCAUUAUAAUGAAACGCAAAACCAAUGAAAAUAGAAACGCAAAACCACACACGCUAUACUCUACUACGAAUUUGUCAAAGACAGAGAUAAGUAGGAAAAACUAGGGCCACUGAACAUUCUUCGAUGUUGUAGUAGUAAAACGCACUGAAACAAACAAAGAUGCUGCGAUCAGCAGCUGCCAAAAGGUAACAAGGUACCGUGGGUGGGUGUACUUAUCAAGAAAUGAAGGGAAGUGCGCAAUACAAAACGGCAGAAAACAGAUAGACCAAAUAGUAAUGUAAAUAGUCGCGUAAAAUUCAUCAGGCCUUUCUCCGUAACAUCCCCACGACGGCACGCUCAGGAACAGGGUGCGGCGAAUGUGGUGGAACUGGUGGUUAUCUUUCCUAUGUUAUGUAAAGUAUGCUUUCUCCCUUCGAUUGUCGAUUGUCGAUCCCCUCUGUUACAUUACUUGGAGCGUGUUAGUUUUAUUUCAAAACACCCGGUACAAUAAUAUGCUACCACUAGCGUUUAGAAGAAAAUCCCUGAUUUCCCUGAGUGCGCGCGCGACGGAAGUAUUAUGCGCUUAAUUUAUCGACGCAACGUUGCGCUCGACUAGAUUUCCAAUAAUUUCCCUAUGCUUAUAAGCUUGUUAUACCUUUUUCUUAGACUGAAACGUGUUGGGCCAUUGAGUGGGAGAGAGUGUGAGCGGGAGGAGGAUAGGGUAAACAAGACCACUAACAGUGAAGAAGAGUUGAAAGUGGGUGGGUGGCAUGAUAAACGAUUCGUAAUGCAUUCUGAAAAGGACGAAAGCGCCGGGAGAUGAUGGAAAAGAUUAAAUCUAAAACUGUUUCUAGUGAAAUUAGCCGUAGUUAAAGUGAAAUUUAAAAAAAAGCCUAUACCAUCUCAACCACCCAAUAGGAAAGAUGCACGCAACACACUACCAGGCAGCGUAUCGCAACAGUAAUAACCGAUCAAGUGGAUACGAUAAAGAAGGACAAUACGCACCAUUCCUUCUCAAAACAACCGGCAUUAUUGGCCCCUUCGUUAUCUCCUCCUUCAGAUGCUAGCGCUGCUAGCAAACGUGGUGUGUUGUUGUGUGUGCUGCAGCAGUAGGCAUGUGUAUGUGUGUAUGUAUGUGUAGCGUAUGUAUGGAUGUAUGUAUGUGUGUGUAGUAAAGGCUACCAAAAAAAAAAGAAAGGAAAGUGGAAAAAGGAAAUCGGCGAUCGUGAAAGGAAAAGUCAGCUAUGCUAAACGCGUAGCACCAGUUUCACGUGGGAAAAAGGAGUUUCGGUUUGGGAUGUGCUGCGAGAGAAGGGCACAACACAACAAGAACGGGGGUGUGCGUUACGAGUCGAAUAAGUAUAACAAUUUGUUUUUAAUUUUAACGAACUGUGAUGUAAAAAACAUAUUUAUUUAUAUUUAAACAAUCUACGGGACACUACUACUACUAUGCCGCGCUACCACUUGCGCACAGAUGCAAAGGGAACUCUCUAUUGCUAAGAGUUUGUAACUGCAAGGAUACUAGCGCGUUUGGGGUCAAGUGAAGAGGGCACAAGUAUGUGUAUAUUGUCGGCAAUAGAAGACCCUCCCUCCGCAUGUAAACCAAAAGAACGCGUGCUAAUGGAAUUGCUCCUUCUUCAACACAGAAUCCCCCAAAAAAUAUGAAGCAUUGCUGAGGAUAUAAAACCAUAGCCACCUGACAUAAGAACGAACCGAUCGUACCGGGCAAGCAGGCAACAAGGAAUAGCAUGUGGUGUGUCCUCUAUGUUAAUUCUAUGAUGUAAGCUACAGUAAAGCCUAAUAUACUGCAAGCCAAUUGCGCUACUACACCGCAACAAGGCAACAAGCUAACAUUUCCUGCAGGAAAAUGAGAGAAGGCACCGACAAGAAAAACCGCGUACCCCUUCCUGAACAUACGAAUAAAUAACCCAAUGUGUAUAGUUGUAACUGUGUAAUACUUCCCCACCCGCAGUAAUGAUCGCAGAUGAUCGCGAUGGGGCAAAAUAGCUGAGUGACAGAAGGAAUGAUAAAACGAAAUAAAACAAGCACACCGUAUCGAUGAAAGUUAAAAAUGGAAACGGGAUAUCUAAAGGAAAUGUUCACUUUGGAUUGAAAAGAAAAUCACCUAACAGCUUACAAACACACACUCACAGAGAGAGUUCGGCCCGUCCUUCGUCAGCGUUCGUUUGAAAGAAUCUACAUUUUAGUUUUAUUUAGUCUUGUUUAUAAAACUAACUAGGAAUUGAAGGAAUACAUUUUUGACCCACAAUGAGACAAUAGACAAAAAAAAACUGCUGCUUCCUGUUAAUGGAUACCAGAAAACGAUUGGAACGAUUUCAAGUAGUAGUGAGACAGAAUGUCACUGAACUAAUGUUUUGAAAACUGUUUGUUGUACCUUGGAGUAGUUGGAGUAAAUAAUAACUGCACACUUUAGACAGAAAAAAACAGUUCCAUAUUACAUCACGGAAAUGAUUUCAUUUUUCUUUCCCUGGAAAUGGUCCAUCGGAUUACAACAGAAUGGAAAAAAAGCACAAACACACCACAGUAUGAUAUGUUGCGGGGGCGAGUACAGCAAACCUGAAAGUCGAACAUAAUGUUGCAUGCGGAAAGAUGCUAGCAAGUAGAAAAUAUCCAAACAACCACAAAUCAUCUAAUAAGAGAAGCUACGAAACCAUCUUAAGAAUUAGAACAAAUCAAAAGCAUAUACAUACCUGGCGAAGCAGUAGCAGUGAGGGUCUUUUGGUGAAACUAAAUUAAAGCAAAAGAAAACUAGAACAAAGCAAAACUAGAUACAAUAUCUGAAACGGCUAGGAAAGAUCCUAGCGUAAAGAGAAUUAAUAAAAGAAACAUAACACACAUGUCAAAGAAAAUCAUUGCAUCAGCCGCAGCGCAGAGCGAAACAUUGUAAAACAAGUAAGAAAAACAGAACAACCACACAUACAACAGGAAAACAGGUAUCAUAUUGUGAGAGAAGUGGGGAAACUUUAUUACCGUGUGGCCACUAUUUGCCACACCGGGUGGCGAUGCGAUGAAGAAUGCGGUGGCACUAGAAAUAAAACAAACAUAAGAGGCUGUAACGCCUAAUGGAGAGCGUAGCUAGUGAAGGGGAGGUAAAACAGCAUUAAACAAACAAAGAGAGUAAAAUAUAGUUCUUUCGAAUAAAAAAAUGGAACAAAAAUA